AUGGAGUUGACAUUUAAACGUCAAGUUAAUCAAUUUUAUUUUAAUAUUUUAAUCAUUUUACAACGUCCUCGUCAUUUACCACAAAAGGAAUUUAUUUUAAUGAAUCUUACUUCAUUGAAUGGUUGUGAUAUCUUGACUUCAAAGAAUCAAGUGACUCUAAUGCAAUGGGUACGCAAUGCCAUGGCACAUUAUAGUAAUUUUCCUGCAAAGUGUCCUUUUAAGGCUCAUCAUCCUUAUUAUAUACGUAAUUUUAAAUGGGAUAUGGAACAGAUGCCUUCGUUUUUUAUAGAGGCUCCUAUAAUUGUAGAGUUUUCGUAUGUUUUUGAUAAUGCAACGAAGGUGGAGGGUUUUAUAGAGGCAAAGUUGGAAUUGAAAUCGAAUAAAAAGUUAGUGAUUUAGUAAUGCGGAUAAUGGAACGGAAUUCAAGAUAAAAACUAAUAAA